AUGGGCAUAUCAUCGAAAUUAAGUCCGGAGAAACAUCCAUAUUUCAAUAAGCCGAAGACUCAUAGAACCAAUCUUAGUGAAAAUUCAUCGUUUUCACUAACUGGGAGUGAAUUUCUGCUGACAGGCUCACACACUUCCAAUUCGUCCGACGAGACCAGUGGCAUUCCAAUGAACAAGGCGAAUAAUGGAGCACCUCGAAGGGUCAAAAACAUGCCUAUUGCAUUAACCCCAAAUAUAGGAGGAGAGAAGUUUAACUUUGCAACAGGACCUCCUACCAAUAAGGAAGCAAGUCUGAGAGAAGGUGCUAGACGGUCGAAUGAGCGGAAACCACCUACUCCACCAGAGAAAGAACCUAGAUCAGUUUCUAAAGUUCAACGUCAUCCAUAUACGGCUCAAAUCCGAAACAGGGAUCACGAUGCCCACAUACGUAUGCAACAACCUGACCAGGCUGGUAAUGCUUAUUUUAGACCCAGGUCCAAUGAACAGUAUUCACAAAGCCCAGUGAGCCCACAGCAGGUAAACCAGGCUAACAAUGAUUAUUUUAAGCCUAGCUCCAAUGAAAAGUAUUCACAUAGUCAUGCGAGCCCACAGCAAAUAAAUCAAUCUUCACGGAAGGAAAUUCCUAUCGUUCAACAUCAAAAUCAACAGAUGGAGGAGCAUUCUCCUUUGCCGACCGAGCAGAUGUAUUCCGAAAAAAGACAAGCACGUAAAACCCAAGAACAUAGCUCUCAAGCACAACCACCGACGAAUAAUAAACCUUCAAUGGAACAUAAUACUACUAAUAUGUUAAUGAAUGAUGGAAUGAUUCAAGCACCUCAAAAUAUGCUGAAUAUUCUUUCGCAACAUGAAUACGACAAAAAUGAGAGUACAGGUGUAAACGAAUCUGAGGAUAACUCAGACGAUUAUUCAGAAGAAGAUUUGGAAGCAGAUUCAGAAGAAUAUACAGAUACAUCUGAAGAAUCAAUUAGGAAUGAUAAUGUAAACGCAUCAUACUCAACCCCAUAUGUUAAUGGGGCGCAACAGCAUCCUUAUUAUGAACAGUGGAUGCAAUAUUACGCGUCAUUGGCUGCCCAACAACAACAGCAACAAAUGACGCCUAAUAGAAGUUCAAUGUACGGAUAUCCAAUGAAUCCUCAUCAAUAUUCAAACAUAAAUACGGCUAAUGGCCAGAUUUCAUCGGCGUCUCAACAAGAGCCUUAUUAUUCAUAUGGCUCGAAUCAUUUGAACCGUGAGCUGCAUUCAAGAAAUUCAAUUGCAAGCUACUCCGAUAAUAAUAACAACGACUUUUUGACUCAUUACAAAAGAAGAAGUGGGCAGAACUCAAUUUCUGAUACAAGUAAUGAGCUAAUUUCCAAUUCAAGAAGGUCCACCAUAAAGUCAAAUAGGUAUCCAUCAGUUCCUCUGUCUAUAUUGGAAUCAGAGUCCAAGGUUCCUGAAAAGUCAAAAGCAGCGAGAGUAUCCUCGUUAGAUUUAAAUUUCAAGCCAAAAGAAUAUCAGAACUAUAAUGAUGAUUAUAACGAAGAUCAACAAGGACAAACGAGUCUAAGGAAUAAUGAGGAUGCUUAUGAACCAACACAAAGUCAGGAUAGUACCAUGUCUGUUGCUUUUGGAUUGCUGGAUAUGGCACUUGAUGACAAGACAGAAAAAAGACAUAUUUCAGAUUAUAGUAAAUUUCUUUUCGAAGGUGACAGUCAGGUAGAAGAAGAAGAAGAAGAGGAAGAACAAGAAGAGGAAGAAAAAGAAUAUGGUACUGGGAACGAAAACAAGCUAUUAUAUCAGCAACCUUCACAUGAAAUGUCUCGCCAUGAAUCCUUGGAAUCAAACAAUUCACUUGGUUCAAUACGAAGCGAGGCAUCUAAUAAUUUCAAGGUCAAAUCGCCACCUCCUGCUAAGAAACUACAAGAGAGAAAUUCUAAUAUAGAAGAAAAGAAUAGACAAAAUAAGGGGAAGAGAAAAGAAAGACACGAAAGAAAAAGCUCAUCUUUCAAUCCAAAUUCAUCAAUAUCAAGUCAGAAUGAUUUAUUGAAUAUGAAUAAUACAGCGCAAGCAUAUCAGCAACAAGCAAACAUGAUGCCAUACCUAGGACAUUCUCAAUUGCCAUCUAUGGAAAGUAUGCCUUUUAACCAAAAUGCGAUUCCAUUUAAUCAACCAAUGAUGGCCUAUAAUACUGAGUACCAGGGGGUUGUGCCACCAAUGGCUCAUUCUCGAAGACAAAGUAUCGCUACAGCUGAAUCAAAAAGACAGUCUAUGAUGUUUGCAGGAAAUGGUAUGCCACCAUACGGACCUCAACCAAUGAAUAAUAAUAGAAUGUCUAUGCCAGUUAUGGGAAUGCAUACUUCAAAUAAACCCGCCCAGAUUCGGACAAAUGACAGUAAAAUUAAGAAGAAGGUUGAAGAGUUUGUGGAAUUACGUAAAGUUAUUGCAUCGGGUAACAAAUCAUUGGAAUACCGAUUGAAGUGGAUUAAGAUGUUAAUCAAUGCAACUAACUAUCGCUUAUAUGCUUUUGUAAAUAUUAAGGGUGAGCCGGCACCACAAGAGUUCAGCCAACAUAAUAAGGCUUUAUUCCUCAAGUCAUCAAUCAAUCAUUUGCUCAAGUUGAUUAAGGAGUAUGAGGUUGGUAAGAAGAAUGAUAAUAUUCAUUCACAGGUUUGUUACAUUUAUGGUUGCUUGUUGAAACAUGAUUAUGCAGCAUCAUAUAACCAAGAUUUUGGUAUUGAAAAAGAUAUUCAGGAAUCUAUUUCAUACUUUGAAAAGUCCUUGGAAUUAAAUCCAAAUAACUUUAAAAGUCUCUACAAAUUAGGGGAGAUAUUUGAAUACGAGUUCCCAGAUCAAUUUGAUCAAGCAUUACGUAGAUAUAAAGAGGCAGCCAAACUAGGUUAUAACCAAGCUAUUUAUAAAAUGGCUCUUUUAUACUUAAAUGUUCCUCUGAUAAGAUCUACCAAAUUCUUCAAUUAUUUUGUUGAGCUCUCAAAUAUAGACCUUAGCUCGAAGGAUGUCGAAUUAACCGGUGAGGAUAGAGAUGAAUUGGAGGAGAUUAUCGGAUUGACAUUUUAUCAACUAGGAAAAAUAUAUGAAGGCAUUUAUCCUGGUGACUUACAUGCUGAGGAUGAGUUUAUUUCCAAAUCACUUGAACGUGCACCAGUUAAUUAUGCAAAAGCAUUAACAUAUUGCAACAAAUCCGCCAAGCUUGACUGUCUCUUGGCUCAGGUCAAAUUGGGAAGUGUAUACGAAAAGGGAGAAUUAAAUCGUCAACAAAAUCCAAGCAAAUCUAUUCAGUGGUAUAUGAAAGCAGUUAGUUCUCCAUUACUGUUCAAGAGACACCCUGAUGCAAUGUUGGGUUUGAGUAGAUGGAAUUUGAAAGGGAGUGAUGGCUUAAGUAAAUAUAUACCUUCACCUGAUCCGGAAAAAGCUGUCAUGUGGUGUGAUAGAGCAAUAAAAGAGUUUAAUUCACCAGAUGCAUAUUUUGCCAUGGCUCAAUUAAAUGAAAUUGGACUAGGUGAUAGAAAUCCUCAACAUUGGUACUUUAAAGCUCAUGAGUUAGGCCAUCAUGAAGCAUCCUUUAAACUAGGUUAUGCAUAA